AUGGUUGUUUUUUCUCAUUGCUUUGUGGUUGCUUUCUUGUGUGUUCUUCUUGUAGAUAGUGUUGUGAUUGCUAAUUAUCCUCAAGUUAAUGGAGUUGACAAGGGUUUGCUUCAUCGUUCAUCUUUGUUUGAGACCAAUGGAGGUCGUUUUUUACAUGAAAAAAAUAGGGAUUUAGGUGGUGAUUUUGGCGGAGGUGGGGGUGUCACAGGUGAUUUUAGUGGAAGAAAAGGUAUUGGUAGGGGUGUUGGCAACCUUAAUGGUGAAGCAGAAUGGAAGCUAAGUGGUGGCCAUAGUCAAGGUGGAGGACUAUUUGGUGGCAUAAAUGGUGGCCACAAGCUUGGUGCAAUAGCAGGAGGUGGACUUGGUGGUGGCAGUCUUGGGGCUGGUGUUGGUGGAGGGUUGGGUAGUGGGGGAGGCCUAAGUGGUAGUGGUGGACUUGGUGGUGGACAAAGAACUGGAAUGGGUGGUGUUGGUGUCGUUGAUGGUGGAGCUAAAGGUGGAUUAAGUGGUGCUAGCAGCCUUGGUGGUGGAGUAGGAGGGCAGUUAGGUGGUGGCCAUGAUAUAGGCGGAGGACAUCAUGGUGGUCAUGGACAUGGCCACAAACUUGAUGGAGGUGCAAGAGGUAAAUUAGGUGGUGGGCUUAGUGGAGGUGGCGACAUUGCUACUGCUAAUGGAGCUAGUGCUAGAGGUAGUCUCGGAGGUAACGCUAGAGUAGUAAGAGGGCAUGAUGCAAGUGGUGGAGGAGGAUUAGGAGGUAGUGUAAGCGGUAGUGCCAAUGGUGGUGCUAAGGGUGGAGGAGAACUUGGUGUUGCUGAUGGAGUUAAUGAAGGAGUCAGAGCUAAUGGUGGAUUUGCCAAAGGAGAAGGAGUAGGUGGUGGAGGUGGUGUCAAUGGUGGUGUUAAGGGUGGAGGAGAAUUUGGUGUUGCUGAUGGAGUCAAUAAAGGAAUCAGUGUUAAUGGUGGAUUUGCCAAAGGUGUAGGAGUAGGUGCAGGGCUAGGGGCUAGUGGAGGAGGCUUCGUGGGCAGUGUUAAUGGUGGUUCUAAGGGUGGAGGAGAAGUUGGUGUUGUUGGUGGAGUCAAUAAAGGAAUCAAUGUUAAUGGUGGAUUUGCCAAAGGUGUAGGAGUCGGUGAUGGGCAUUGGGUUGGUGGAGGAGGCUUAGGAGGUAGUUUUAAUGGUGGUGUUAAUGGUGGAGGAGAAGUUGGUGUUGCUAGUGGAGUCAAUAAAGGAAUUAGUGUUAAUGGUGGAUUUGCCAAAGGUGUCGGAAUAGGUGGUGGGCUUGGGGGUGGUGGAGGCGGUCAAGGAGGCUUAGGAGGCGGUGUCAAUGGUGGUGUUAAGAGUGGAGGAGAAUUUGGUGUUGCUAGUGGAGUCAAUAAAGGAAUCAGUGUUAAUGGUGGAUUUGCCAAAGGUGUAGGAGUAGGUGGUGGGUUUGGGGGUGGUGGAGGAGGCCUAGGAGGCAGUGUCAAUGGUGGUGCUUAG